GUGGUUGGCUGGGCUUACAUACACACAUACACAGAUGGAUGUCUUCCUCACACGGACUGAUCACGACACUGCUCAUGUGUGUGUGAGUCGGUGGGAUGAAGUCUUCUUUUCUGUCUGUGCACUGGAAAUAGAGGCGCCCGACACACACACACACACACACACACGAAUUCGACCGACAGACAGGCAGAGCACAGCAGCCUGUCUGUUCGUCAUAUCCGCGUGUGUGUCAUGUAUGUCUGUGUGUGCCUAUGAACUGCCUCCCUUUCUCUACUCAACCAACCAACCAACCCAUUGAUCCACUUCGGCUGACUGACACUAAUGCAGGCACCACGCCAUGCGAUGGAUACACAGACCCAGAGAGAGGAUAGAUAGCUACACACUACGCACACACACCCAUCCAUCCAUCCACCAGACGCCCCUCUCCCCACCCACACCCACACCCACACCACCCACACACACACCAACACCAUGUCAUGGUGCGUAUGGCGGCGGAUCAGGGAGUCUUGGAUGGGCAGGUGCUGGGGGUGGUGGGGGCGGGGGCGGCGGUGGGGCUGGUGGGGGGAUGUCAUUGUGCGGCAGCCCCGCCGUCGACGAAGACGCCAGGUGCACCAAUUCGCGGUAGUCAAGCGCCUGUGUCCACCAUGCGACACGGCACACAAACACGUACAUGAUCACACGUGUGUUGGUGUGUGUGUGUGUGGGGGGGAGUCGAUCGCACUUGAGGGUCAGCGAGGUUGAGGAAUGGGUUGACGGGGUCUAGUAUGAGUGGCUGCUGCCGCAUGAGGGGCCACCAGAUGUCGCUGUCGCUGUAGUGAGACGUCCAGAUGAUACGCAGGGAGGCGAAACGACUCAUCAGACACAGCAGAGUGCUCAAGGCCUGCAUCCACCCACCCACCCACCCACACAAGCCACGCCACGCCGAUGCCGCCAUGCGAUGCGGUCAGUGUGUGGUGUGUGGUGUAUGGAUUAGCUACCGUCUGUUGGUCCUUGAGUUGCUUUGCCUGCUGGUGCACGUAGAUGGCCAGCAGCUCAAGCAGGUAGUCGCUCGGGCGGCUGUACACAUUGCUCCAAACCUGCCAUUCUCAGCCCCCAGUCAGCACACAACACACACGACAUCCAUCCAUCCAUCCAUGCAUCCAUCGUGACAUCCGACCCACCUGUUGGUUCCUCCAAUGCUUGAUCAGCCGUAUGGUCACGCGCACAGGCGCCGGCUGGCGGGACACAUACUCACACUGACAUACAGACACGCACACACACACAGACAGAGAUGAACGAACGAACGCAUGACGACGUGUGUCACGGUCUUGCUUACUCUGUAAGGCGUCACAGCCGCGUCGAGGUACUCCCUGACGCGGGGCGGCGACUCGCCCAGGCACUGCAUGAGCUCGCCGUAGGUCUCAAACACGGGGGCGGCCUUCAGCGACACCGACAACAUGCCCUUGUACUGACAACCAGGCACACACAACAUGGCGGCGUGGCUGCUUUGUGUGUAUGUGUGUGUGCGUGUUGGUGGGGGGUGGGUGGAUUGCCUACGGUGAAGGUGACGGCGUUUGGGAGUAUAUAGAGGUCAGUGACGUGUUCGGGUGGCAGCAGCAUCGUCACCAUGCGACCCAACACGCGACACAGCGGGGGGUACCUGUACUCACACACACAGCAAGAGACUUGCAAGGUGGCGGUGUUAUGCGAUGGCCGACGGACUGACCGACCAUGUGUCGAAGUUCUUGGUGGGCAGCCCCUCGGUGUUCAGGAUGAUGUCACACUCCACAGGCUGCCCGCUCACCGCAGUGCCCUGCGCCCAUGCAGCCAGACAGACAGACAGACAGAUGGUAUGUGGCUCUUUCCUGAGUGCGUGAAUGUGGUCCCUCCCUCCCUCAGUGACAUGGCUGACAUACGUUGUUAGCCGCCCCGCCUUUGCUGAUGCUCUCCAAAUUCAAACACGAAUCGGACUCAAACACCUGCAUCGCAUCCCCCAAAAGCCGCACACAUGAAUACCAUGCCAUCUGGCUUCCCACACGCGUACCUCCACGAGGGCCUUGACGUCCUGCGCCACCCUCGAGUUGAACGCCCGCGAUGAUAUCUUAAGAUGCAGCUCGCUGUACACCCCCUCAGCCACCUUGACCUCACCCACCCGCCGCACACGGGACGCACCAGCCACUGGCACAGCAACCGGCUGCUGCUGUGGCUGCUGCACCGGUCGCCACCACGUGACCGUGACGUCACGUGGAUACUGCUGGUGCUGGUGCUGGUGUGUGGGUGUGGAUGUGGGUGUCGUCGAUGUGUGGGUGUGGGGUCGGUGGGGCUGUUGGUCGAGAGAGGGGAACGGUGCUGGUUGGUCGGGGACGCCUUGUGUGUGUGUUGGCGUGGGGACGGCGAAGUCGUCGGCCUGUGACAGUGAGGGCUUCUGGGUAUGCGGAUGCGGCAGGACACUGAUCGACGAGCUGGAGCUGGCCUCCGACAACGCUGCAACAAGAAGAAAGGAAGGCAAACAAACACCGAACAUAGUCCUCCUGUGGCUGCAUGCCUGUCCCGUGCAAUCCACUACCUGGUGCCUGUCCGUCUCCAUCACGUUGCUCCCCAUCGGCCGCCAUGGUCCUGACGGUCUCCUCCGCCCCGCCCGGCUGACCCGCACUCUGACACAUCAACGCCUCAUCCACCUCGCAAUCGAAACACGAAGAUCCAUCCGUCGACCGCGAGUGACUCGACGGCGUGGGGUGGCUGGAUGGGGGUGCGGCGUCUGCUCUUGAGGUGGUGGUCAUGUGUGGCGAUGGAAGUGACGGGGCUGUGGGAGUGGCCGACACUGUCGUCUGUGUCGGUGUGUGGGUGCGUGUGGAGGGCUCUGCAGGGGCGGGAGGUUCUUCGCUGACAUCACAUAGGUCGGCGUAUUUCUUGAGCGCCACGCGGCCGUUCCUGUCCAGCACGAAGGUGUCGGCGGUCCGCGACAAGAACACGUCAGGCCUGCCACACAUCCACAGAUAUCAAUAUGGGUGCUCUCUCUCUCUCUCUCUCUGUGGAGGUGGGUGUGUGGGUUGGUAGCUGACCUUCCUCCGAUGAGCGUCGACACGGCAACGUGGUGCUCCUCGAUGAAUCGGCCGCACAGCGCCGUGAGGUCCAUCCGAUAGACACACUGGUCCUUAGCCAUCUCGGCCAGGUACCGCUCCAGCUCCUUGCGCACAAUCCGCUCCUCCUCGGGUGUCAGCUGGCACGACACAUCACCAUCCUCACCACCGCCACCAUUGACAUCCGACUCUGACUCACUCGCCAACCACACCUGCACACACACAUACAAGAAGGAUGUCACACCACAACCACGCACAUGCACUGCAUACCGUGUUGUUGACGAGCCUCAGCUCGUCCCGCGAUCUGAUGAACUCCCCAAACCCAUACUCGCUCCCCACCAGCCGCAGCGCCUCCUCGACGGUCGAGCCAUACCGAUAGCAAAACAGCAACGACAGCUCGUCCAUCUGCAGGCCGUCGCCGACACACGAAGUCGCCCGCUGAUGGUGGUGCAAAAGGUCGCGGAGCAUGUGCGCGACGGUCGUGUCGGUGGCCGUGACGACCAUCUCCAUGUGUGUGCCAUCGGUGAGCUUGGCCGUGUCGGGGAGGGGCUGGGGAUGAGGGUGGUCGGGCGAUGAGGGGAGGGGGCACAUGUCAUACUGGUCGAUGGGGAAGGGGUAGCGGAAGAGAAACAGCACACGCUCCUUCAGCGCAUACACCUGAAUGAAGCCAGACAGACAGACAGACAGACAAGCAGGCGAGCAACACACUCUGUGGGUGGGGUGGUCUGAUUAUUUUUCUGUUUGGGUGGAUGAAUGAAUGCAUCAGGCAUCAUUGGAGUGUGGUGCCCACUGACCGUUUCUGUGGAGCCGAUGCGCACCUCCUGGUCCCUCACCACCGGCUUUGCACCCACACCCGGCCGCACACUCACAAACACGGUGAUGAGGCUCAUCCCACCCACCCGCUCCGCCGAAUCCGCCCGCCCGCCGCUUCUUAAUGCCUAUGCUGUGUCACCGUCGUCACUUGUCAUGGGGGAUAAGCCGUCCGUGGUUGGCGAGAGGGAAGCCGAAACGGUAAGUGAGAUACGAUGGUCUGGAAGGAGAGAGAGGACCAGAGGUGGUAAGGUAAGAGGGAGUGAGAUGCGACAGACACACACGGGCCCACGCAAGAAGCCGAUGCACGCGAAAUGAGCGAUGAAACGG